GCGGCCAUGUCGGUGUUCGUGACGCGGCGGAUCCCGGCCGAGGGGCUGCGGGUGCUGUCCCAGGCCAGCGGGUGCCGCGUGCGGCAGUGGGACUCGGAGGAGCCGGUGCCGCGGGCCGAGCUGCUGGCGGGCGUGGCGGGGGCGCGGGGGCUGCUGUGCCUGCUCUCGGACCGCAUCGACCGGGAGGUGCUGGACGCGGCCGGGCCCGGCCUGAAGGUCAUCAGCACUUUGUCCGUGGGCUUCGACCACCUCGCGCUGGACGAAAUCAAGAAGCGGGGGAUCCGUGUGGGCUACACCCCGGACGUGCUGACCGAUGCUACGGCCGAGCUGUCGGUGGCCCUGCUACUGUCUGCCUGCCGCCGCCUGCCCGAGGCUGCCGAGCAGGUCAAGAGUGGCGGCUGGACCACGUGGAAGCCCCUCUGGAUGUGCGGCCAUGGCCUGUCCAACAGCACCGUGGGCAUCAUCGGGCUGGGCAGGAUAGGACAGGCAGUUGCCCGGCGCCUGAAGCCAUUUGGGGUCAGGAAGUUUCUGUACACUGGCAGUGGCCCCAAACCGGAGAGUGCGGCAGAGUUUGGGGCAGAGUUUGUGCCACUCACCAGGCUGGCUGAGGAGUCGGACUUCGUGGUGGUCACUUGUGCCCUGACACCAGCUACCCAGGGCAUGUGCAACAAGGACUUCUUUGGCAGGAUGAAGAAAACUUCUGUGUUUGUCAACACGAGCAGGGGAGCUGUGGUGAACCAGGAGGACCUGUACGAUGCACUGGCUCAUGGCCAAAUCGCAGCCGCCGGCCUGGACGUCACCACACCAGAGCCACUGCCCACUGACCACCCCCUGCUGUCCCUCAAGAACUGUGUGAUCCUGCCACACAUCGGGAGCGCCACGUACGCCACCAGGAGCACCAUGGCAGUGCUGGCAGCCAACAACCUGCUGGCAGGGCUGCGAGGGGAGCCCAUGCCCCACGAGCUGAAGCUGUGA